UCCAGCAUGCACGCCCCCGACAACUUUACCACAGCUGAGCAACUACCUGGAAAUGAAUUUGUUCACUCCAGGACCUGGUAUGGAGUCAUCACGAGGAACAAUGCUGUCUCCUGUGCCAUUUGUCCUGCCAGGGAGGGCUCCAAUGAGCUCGGUCGCCUGUUGGGCUCCCCCCAAGCAGCGGCAGGGCACGCCAAGUCCAACCAGCACCGAGCGAGAGAGCAGAGAGCAAACUUCGAGUCACCAAUGUUCACUGUGGACCAGUCUGCGUUCUGUGCCCUGUGCCACCAGCACAUGGCUGCCUCGGAGGUGUCCGCCCACCUGUUGACGAAGCAUCACCACACGACAUGUGGCAGCAUCCAAGCGGGCAGCCGUUCCCACAAGAGGGGCCGAGAUGGUCCUGCCAAAAAGCAGCGCACUGAAGCAUGGACCGUGCAGCUCGCAGCCUCACCGCUAGUCCCUCUCCCGAUGAUGAGCCUGGAGGCUGUUCCUACGCCAGCAGAUCACCAGCUGCUGUUGCGGAUCAAACAUCUGCGGGCCUUGACUGGAUCUGUCGAUCAAGCUUGGAGAGCCGCAUGUGAUGGUGAUUACGGCCUGGCUCAGCUUAUUUUGGACGGCUACACUUCCGCGGUGGCCACACUUCUCUCCGUCUCUGGCCCAACCCCCCCAGAGCAACAACACAUUCUGAAUGUCGUGCAGUUGAGGAGCCCCGCUUCGGCAUG